GAUGUGUAGAAUUUCAAUGUUACUAUCAAAGUUACGUCUUUUUCUAGACGUGUUUGUAUAUGGGCAACUUUAAUGAGAGGUUAGGAACGUGUUUGUACGUGAGGAUACAUUAAGAAAGAUGCGACAAAUAGAUGAUAAAAUAAUUUACAUGCUGAACACUACAAUUCCUACCGAAUCCUUCAAAGGUCAGGUGGAUCCUACCACGCAGUGUAAAGACUUGUUCCAGCAAAUAGAAUCCGAGCACAAGCAGAGGACACAAGCGAUUACAAGAUGCGUGGACAUUACUAAGCAAAGAGUGAUGCAGUUAAAAGAUUUGAGAGAGAAGAAUGGUGACGAAAAUCCGACGUUAAUAAAAAAUUUGAGAAAUGAACAGACCAAAUUGAGGCUGCUACGGUCUGAGCUUAAUAUAGAGGAAGUUGUAAAAAAACGUACAAUACAAGUGUAUUACGAGAGGUGCCGUGGAUUCUACAAACCAUUACACAUAGAUGCAUAGAAUUUCUGAAUAAUCUGAAGAUAUUGAUACAUGAUUAU